AUGGGGAAGUUAAGGUUGGAAGAGCUGAGACCAGGGGUGCAGCCACCAGGGUGGGGGCCCAGGAGCCCCGGGGAUGAGCCUGGAGGCCACAGAGAAAGAACCUCGCUCAUAAUGCAGGCAGCUGGGGUAGGGUCCCAGGGGCAGGGUAGUCAGAGGGGACGGGGCAGGAGCAAAAGGCGAACCAGGGAGAUGCAGCAGGAGUGGAUGGCUGAGCGCCAGGCAGGGACGCCACAGGGUGGGCUGUGGUACCCGGGGAGGGCACUUUUCAUUGGCGCUCUCAGGAAGGGCUUGAGAAAGUCAUAG